AGUCAGUAAACCUGCGGCACUCUCUUUUCCCUGUUGUUCCACCCUUGGGCUGAGUCUAGAAAUCAAGACACCGUCCUCACAAGGAAGUCCGCUCAUCACUCCACCUCGUUUCAUUUUCCCCAGGUAGCCUUUUCUCUGCUGUGGAGCGACAAGACGGAGACAUUGAAAGAGGGCCUGCAGUCUAUUGUUCAGCGUGGUCGGGAAAGCAGCAGCGAGCAUCAUGACGUUGUCAUUCAAAAAGGACCUGGACAAGUACAAGGAUCUGGAUGAAGAUGAGAUCCUUAACAAUUUGUCGGUGGAUGAGCUCAAACAGCUGGAGACGGCCCUGGAGGAGAUGGACCCAGAGAAUGCACUUCUUCCGGCGGGUUUACGUCAAAAGAACCAAACUACAAAGCAAGCCACGGGAAGGUUUGACAGAGAGCGCCUCCUCAAAUACCUGGAGAAGGAAGCCAUGGAGUACAAGGACAGAGAGGAUAUUGUACCCUUCACAGGGGAGAAGAAAGGCAAAGCAUUUAUUCCUAAACAGAAACCAGUAGAAACACGACAGGAGAAUGUCACAACCCUUGACCCGGAAUUGGAGGAGGCCCUGUCCAGUGCCACGGAUACGGAACUCUGUGAUCUUGCAUCAAUCUUGGGUGUUCACACGCUUGUAACCAGCAAUCAGACGUAUGACGGAACUGGAGCGAAAGAGGGCUACAACAAUGUGGUUAAAGGGGAGAAGAUGAACCCUGUGUUCGACGAGCCCCCCAAUCCAACGAACGUGGAAGAAACACUGGACAGGAUCAAGCGCAACGAUGCCUCCUUAACUGAGGUCAACCUGAACAACAUUAAGAACAUCCCCGUCCCCACUCUCAAAGACUUUGCCAAGGCCAUGGAGAAGAACACACACGUAACCAAGUUCAGCAUGGCAGCCACACGGAGUAACGACCCCAUUGCUGUGGCCUUCAGCGACACGCUGAGGGAGAACAAGACACUGCGAAGUUUGAACUUGGAAUCCAACUUCAUCACCAGCGCCGGAAUGCAGUCGCUGAUUGACUCCUUGCGAGAUAAUGACACGCUCACGGAGAUCAAGAUAGACAACCAGAGGCAACAGCUGGGUACCAAUGUAGAAAUGGAAAUAGCUAAAAUGUUGGAGGAGAACAACAGCAUCGUGAAGUUCGGCUACCACUUCACCAAGCAGGGGCCUCGCUCUCGAGCUGCUGCCGCCAUCACCAAGAACAAUGACCUAGUUCGCAGGAGGCGAGUGGAAGGGGACCAGUAGAAGUGGAGUCCUGCCCAUCUCCCAGCCAAUCAUGUCGCUUCAUCUCGCCAUGUGGAAUCAUUUCCACCAAUGCCCUGAUCUCAUCUCGUGUGGAACAAGUCUUGUGCCAAACUGGGGGGGCAAGGCGCAGCAAAAACAUACAUCUGAGAAGAAGAGAAAUAACUGGAAUGAAAUGCCCUCCUCUCCUAUAUAUGCGUUUAUCAUUAUUAUUAUUAUUAUUUUUAUGCUGUUGUUGAAGGUGUACAUCGAGUUAGUUUUUAGUCUUUCCAUUUCAGCUGCUCCCUGGUUUCAGCCUUGGAACUAGUCUGUCCUGACUUUUUACUUUUCUUCUUUUAUAAUGAUAUCACAUGAAAUAACAGUUAACAUUACAUCGUGGAAUCGAAAUAAACAUUUAAGUUCAGGAUCACCUCAUGGAACACCAGGGUCAUACAAGCAGCUCACACUGCAGGACCACCGCCUGCCUAAAAAAACCCUCCACAGCUCUUACAAAUCCACGCUGCCCUCCGUCACUGUGUACAAACUUUGUCGUAACCGCAAGUGAAGGCACAUGUAGGCUCUGUUUUCCUUUUUAUUGGCGCAAUCUUGUAAAACCUCACAGCUGCUGCGUGUUUUUGAGCAAAGCUUGUUUAGGUAAAUCAGUGCCGACCUUGUGCUGCAGUCAGUCUAAUAAAUGAAUGCUUACUCGUCCCCUCUCGUGAAAUACUGUACCCACUUAAACGUACCACCGCAUAAUGUUUUAUAACUCUCUAUUGUUAUAUUUUAACCGAUUUAUGUUUUCCCGUUCCUCUUGCAACAAAUGGCAGUUGGAACAAUAAAGUGAACAGGAUAUCAAUGUCAUUCUGUAGUGAAAAGGUUUAACAGAAGAAGCCAUAAAUUUGUACUCGGAUGUUAAACCAUGCCAAAGACCCAACACAUGCAUUGCUUAAUUUGUCUCAUUUUGGGUUAUGUGUUUGUAUUAGACUAGGUUUUGGCUGAAAUAGUCUCUUUCUCAUGGUGUAAUUUGCGAAACAUUCCAUGUGUAUGUCUUUUUUUUCUUUUCGGUUUAUAAUUAGUAGCUAAAACGGUCAAUGAAGUGACACAUCAAUGGAAGCGAGUGACAUGACGACAUGAAAUCUUCCCCACAAUUUCCUUGAACAGGAUGGCCCAUCUUUUUGAGCAACAAGCGCAAAAAGGGCGACCGGUGAUAAAAACCUGUGAAGUAACAUGUUUGCUCAGAUUACAUGAUGCGAUGACACUGAUCAUGCUAAGAGUUCUCACAAUAGUGAACAAUGAUUAAAUAUCAACAUGCAACACUUGAAGUCAAGUCAAAAGGAAUGUGAGAACAUUGGGCACAACAGUAGUUCUAUCAUCAACAUUUAUAAUUAUAUUUCUCUAAAUAUUUGCAAGUAUUCACAUUUUUCAACGAUCAUUUCUACAACAACAACAACAACAAAAAAAGGAAAUGUCAAUGUCCAUCACAGGUGAGCUAUUUUUAGAACCGGCCUGUGAACACCAUAGUCUUGAGUCCCCCCACACAAGAACAUACGCAAAUAAUUGACUAUUGUCAAAGCAAAGCUCCUGAAUUCACUUCAAAAUUGUUCCUGGGCACCAAAAUGAUGAUGAUGAAAUACUACUUUUUUUUCUCCAAAAUGAAGCAUCUCAACUCACUUCAACAUUCCAAGAUUGUCUUGAGCACAAAACCCACACUUGAAUGAAUUUGCAAAUGCAGAACUGCGAACGUGCGCGGGUUCACUGUAUAAUGUAUGAAUUAAAGUUUCAGCCUAAGAUACACCCCCCCCCCCACCACACACACACUUUCACUUGACACUCAGCAAGUUCUACCACGAACAUACCAUUCAUUUCUUAACAUUCUGUGUGCCCCAAGACAGAUGUCUCAAGGUGCACUAAUCUGCAAUUCACACGGCUUAAAUGAGCUACUUGAAUCUUGUAAAUAAAUACUGUUUUAGUGUCAGGAUCUCAAUUCUGGGAUGUCAUCUUGCUUAAAUGUUUCUAUUGACCAACAUUUUUUUCAACUUGAAAUGCCACAUUCCUUCAACAUGAUUUGCAUCUGGGUCAUGUUGGGUUCUUAGCAUGCUCACAUCCUCUUGCCUUUUCACAGAAGACACACAGGUGGCCGGCUAAUACGCAGCUUCUUUGUUGGGCUUUCUUGGUUAUCUGUGACUCAUGUAUAUGAAUUUUGAAACGGCAUCUCAAAUGCUAUGUGCAUACACUCAAAAUGUGUGUUCAACGCAGAGCUGCACAACUACUGUGGCAAUUUUUUUGUACAUUAUGUUAAAAAUAACAGGUGCCGACGGAACAUAAAAGACAAACGAAAAAAAAAGACUGGUGAAACGCACUGCUGAAUAUAUCUUCCAACAAUAAAUGUUUUUACAUUCA